AUGUCCAAACCACUGAUCACACUACACUGGCUCAACAAAUCCCGCUCCCAACGCAUCCUCUGGCUUCUCCAUUUAUGCAAACCUCAAAUCACCCACACCAUCAAACUCUACAAGCGCGACCCGAAUAUGACGGCCCCCUCAGAGCUGAAGAACAACCAUCCUCUAGGGAAAUCACCGCAAAUAAUCGUCGAGGCACCAAGUAUGCAAAAGCCGGUGGUGUUGGUUGAGUCGGGUGCCAUCGUUGAGUAUCUGGUUGACUACUUUGCGAAAGACCUGAAGCCUAGGCAGUGGGUGGAGGGCAGAGACGGGGAGCUGGGAGGCGAAACGGAAGAAGGGAGUUUAAUGAGUCUGUUGCUGACGGGGUUGCUUGUGGACCAAAUCAGGAACGCUCCGGUGCCGUUUUUCGUCAAACAUAUUACGAGGUCCAUUGCGGGUCGCUUCGACAAUGAGUUUCUAAUUGAGAACUAUGCCACGUAUUUCGGGUUUCUGGAAUCGCAGCUGGAGUCAACGCCGAGUAGUGGAGAGUAUCUCUGUGGCGCGAAUCUUACUGCCGCAGACAUCAUGAUGUCUUUUCCGGUGCUUGUUGGCGAAACGCUGGUCAACUUGACCAAAUAUCCAAGGCUUUUGGCAUAUGUCGAGAUGCUUGCGAAGGGAUCCGAGUAUCAAGCUAGUGUUGAGGAGAUUGAAAAGAUGACGGGUGAGAAGUAUGUGGUAGUGUGA